AUGUAUGAUAUUGAGAUUGAUGAUACUAAUGAAAGUAAAUUAUCAAAUAAAAAACAAUUAAUUGAACAAUUACAAGUACAACUUGUUCAUAAUCAAAUACAACGAACACAACCAAGAGAUUAUGUACGUAUAUUAGGUCAAUCGACAACACCUGCACAAUGGUAUAAAGCUCCUCCAACUGCUCGUUCGGUUUAUUUUUAUGAUUCAAAUUAUCAAAAAUAUGUACAAAAAUCAUCAAUUCCACCACGUAAAACAAAACCUAAUGUGCAUUCUAUUUCUCCUCAAACAAUUCGAAUUCAGGAACGUUUAAACAAUCAUUCAAGUGUUGUUCAACAUAAUUCCUUUCCGUUGACACCUCGUACAAAUUAUAUGUUAGAAUUAUAUAAUACAGCUCUUAAUUAUCAACAUAGACAACGUUCAAAUCAAAAUUAUCAAUUGGCAUUAUCAAAUAUACCUCCACAAAAUCUUGCAACUGUCUCUGGUUCACAAUUAAUACCAACACUACCACCAAUUAAUACUUCUAAAGAACAACAUGAUGAAUUAUCAAAUCCAAGUAUACCUACUAAACAAACAUCUAAAUUAUCAAAUAGAAAUGAAAAACAAAUAUCGAAUCAUCAAUCAAUUAAUGUUGAAUCAAGAAAAAAAGUUUUUCCUGUUGUUAUGCCUCCCAUUUCAUAA